UGAUGUCCAAUCACACAGCUCCCCCUGGCCCUGAACGUCCGGAUCUUUGACCAAUCAGCGUGCGCACGGUGGAGUCAGACGGGACAGCUAGCACAGAUAAAAUGUUUGACUUCCAUCCAUCCUCCCACAGCAUCUCCUUAGUCCCCGCAGGAGUGAUAGGACAAGCAGCACUCUGAUUUAUACUCAACCCUGAGCGCAGAUUCAACACCGGAAAGCAACCAACAACUCUUGUGAGGGAUUCACUGAACUCUUGUCGAGGCAACCUGUUACUCAACGAGUAGGAGAGACGGCCGGCGACCGCAAAGAGGGCGAACUGCACUAAACUAACAAAGAAGGAGCAUUUUGUUGGAUUAAAAUCGACCGAGGCAGCUAUUAUUAAACUUGUGAAGUUACCUGACAGAAAGUCAGGAGUCAUGACAGCACUUGCAGGAGGUUUACCGAGGAUGAUGAGACCGACUCCCCAUCAGAAUUACCCGCGAGGAGGAUACUCUCUAGAAGUCUCCACUCCGUUAGGACAGGGUCGGGUCAACCAGCUCGGCGGUGUCUUCAUAAACGGCAGACCUCUUCCCAACCACAUUCGACAUAAAAUAGUGGAGAUGGCCCAUCACGGUAUCCGGCCGUGCGUCAUCUCCCGUCAGCUGCGAGUGUCCCACGGCUGCGUCUCCAAAAUUCUCUGCCGGUAUCAGGAGACGGGUUCGAUCAGGCCGGGGGCCAUCGGAGGCAGCAAGCCGAAGCAAACCGCUUCUCCAGAGGUUGACAAGAAAAUCGAAGAGUAUAAGAGAGAAAACCCGGGCAUGUUCAGCUGGGAAAUCAGGGACAAACUACUGAAAGAUGGGAUCUGCGACAGAAACAACGUCCCCUCAGUGAGCGCCAUCAGCCGCAUCAUGCGCUCCAAAUUCGGCGGAGCUGGUGAGGAUGACGAAGAGGAUGAAGAAGUGGUGAAAAGGGCGAUGGAGGAAAACGAGCCACGGACAAAACACAGCAUCGAUGGAAUUCUGGGAGACAGAUCCAGUCACUCAGAUGAGGGUUCCGAUGUGGACUCUGAGCCAGGCCUGCCUUUGAAGAGGAAGCAGCGUCGCAGUCGGACUACCUUCACGGCAGAGCAGCUGGAAGAGCUGGAGAGGGCCUUCGAACGCACACACUACCCUGACAUCUAUACGCGAGAGGAGCUGGCUCAGCGGGCCAAACUCACGGAGGCUCGAGUUCAGGUGUGGUUCAGUAACCGAAGAGCCCGGUGGAGGAAGCAAGCAGGAGCUAAUCAACUGAUGGCAUUUAACCACCUCAUCCCUGGUGGUUUCCCUCCAUCAGCUAUGCCAGGUUUGCAGCCCUAUCAGUUGUCAGACAGUCCCUACCCUCAGACUUCUAUAGCUCAAGCAGCUUCUGAGCAGCCCAGCACAGUCCACCGACCGCAGCCUCUACCACCCACCUCUGUGCACCAGAGUGGGCUCAGCUCCUCAGCGGGUUCCCAGGAUGGGAGCUCUGCAUACUGCCUGUCUUCUAGUCGACACGGCUUCUCAGGAUACUCUGAAAACUUUGUAGCCCCAACAGGACACACCAAUACUGUCAAUCCAACCAUCGGCAACAGCCUCUCACCGCAGGUGAUGGGCCUAUUGAACCCAGGUGGAGUGCCUCAUCAGUCCCAGAGUGACUUUGCCCUUUCCCCAUUGACCGGAAGCCUUGAGCCCAAUGGUGGUAUGGCUGCUAGCUGCCAUGGUUCCCAGCGCCUGGAGGCUCUACCAGGCCUGACCAGCAUGUCCGCCCUGCCUAGCACCCAGUCUUACUGCCCACCCUCCUACUCAUCCUCAGCUUAUGUGGACCACCACCCUUCCUACCAGUAUGGACAGUACAGUCAGAGCAAGGUGCCUUUUAUUAUUUGAAGCUCCCAACAUGGCUUCAACAAGAAGUUUGCUUGGGCUCUCUGACAUACAUCUCUGGAAAACCACCACCUGCUGCUGCCUCUGACAGCUUCCACAGGACAGCGAGACAUGGUGCGGGGACUAAAGCGAUUGGGAUGUUCUCCUUCAGCAGGAAACGAAUGGUUUGAGAUGGACUUGAAGUGACAGUGAUGAAGGGGGUUGACUGGAAUAAUUGGGACCAAAGGCGCAGCCUCUCCUGUUACCUGACACUUGUUUUGCUUGUGCAUCAUGCCAUGCUCCGAGAACUGAGCGCUGUUUGUCCACCAUACUUCAAGGGGAUAUGGGAAGUAAAUCCAUUCAAGACCUUUUAGUUGAUUUUUUUUUUAAUAUGUGGCAGAGAUGCAAGCUGAGGUAGACUUCAUAAGACCUAGGUGCUUCUGUGGCUGAACUUCUGCUCGUCUAAGAAUGUCUUCAUCAAAAUGUGUUAUGGCAAUGAUACGAACUGUAAAUUAAAUGAUUCUUUGGAGGUUUAAGUGUGACUACACCGGGAAACCAGCAAGAACGCAUGAACUGAAGCCAAGUGGAGUCAUUGUAAAUCUGCUGCAACCCAAAGAAAGUGCAAUACAGUCAUACCUCAUGUGAUGUAAAUUAAAACAGAUCAAAUGUCUCUGAUUAUACCCUCAAAAACACGCUCUCUCUCUUUGUAAGGUCAUUAAUUUUGGGUUGUAUGCAUUGAUCAAUCAGGGGACGUCAUCAAGCGAUGAAUAAUAGAGAUAUAGUUGUGAUGUCUUUAAGCCAAAAAAAAA